AUGACUCAAACAAAACGUGCGCUCGCUGGAGUUGAUAAUUUGGUUUUCGUUUCUGAUAGACAUCAAACCAUUUGCAAGGCAAUCGACAAGGUAUUUCCUGCUGCAUUUCAUUGCUUUUGUAUACAGCAUAUCAAGGUUAACUUGAUAGCAAAAUUUAAAAACGAUGCGAAGGCAGUCGAGGAACUAUUUUUAAAGGCUGCAAAGGCGUAUCGCGAGUCAUAUUUCAACUCAAUCUGGGCCCAACUUCGUGCAUACCCCGGUGUACGGGAAUAUCUAGAUGAUAUUGGGAAGGAGCGUUGGGCUCGUUGUUUCCAAACUCAAUUGAGGUACACACAGAUGACUACAAAUAUCGCAGAGUCUGUAAAUGCCCUCUUCAGGCACGCCCGUAAGUUGCCGGUUACCGCCUUACUUGACCACAUUAGAGGUAAGUUACAGAAUUGGUUCUAUGAUCGACGGACGCUUGCAGCUUCCCGAUCAACCAUAUUGUCCGACUACGCAGAAAACAUUUGUCAGGAGUUUGAUUACUUUAAGAUUCCGUGCUCUCAUGCUAUUGCGGCGGCGAUGAUGCGAAAUAUAAAUCCAUACAGUCUGUGCGACGAGGCAUAUACGACGAACUCCUGGAUAUUGGCUUAUGCAGAACCCAUAUUUCCAGUCGGACACGUCUCGACAUGGAACAGUUCGCCAGAGUUUGUCAACAUACCGGUGGAACCACCAAAGACUGUUCCAAGAGUUGGGAGGAGGAAGACAACUAGGAUUCCUUCCACGGGUGAGGUACGACAAACACGUAAGUGUGGUCGCUGUGGUGCGUGGGGACACAAUCGCAAAACAUGUAGCGAACCUCUUAUCACAUUGUGA